AUGUUCCGCGUUAUACAUUGCUUUCUGUUCCUGCUGAGCACUGGGCAAUGUUUAGCCGGCGCGGACAUUCAAACCAUGAAAUCUCUGUUCAACGACACGCUGUACGAUUACGACACACGCAUCCGACCCAUCGACGACCAGACGGACGCUGUCUACGUGAACACCAGGUUCACGCCUCAGAGCCUGCUUGAGUUUGACACAUCGGAGCAGAAAUUCUCGAUGCUGGGCUACUUCAAUAUUCACUGGACGGAUGAGGUGAUGCGCUGGGCCCCCGGUAGCUAUGGAGGGGCAGACUCCAUCAAGGUACCCGUGGAUCAGGUCUGGACGCCCGGGCUCAUCAUUAACAAGGCGUACGAUGGUCAUGGCGUGAUCGGGGGCGAUGCGGACCUUGUGAAGAUCGAAAACACAGGAGCUGUACAAUGGAUUCCGGAGGGAAUCUACAGCGUGGUGUGUGAUGUGGACAUCCAGUACUACCCCUUUGACGAGCAAGUGUGCACGCUUACCUACUACGUUUCGGACGAGACCAUCAGGACGGUGGUGCUUGAUCACUACCUGAACGUGGACAUGAGCGAAUAUUCGGAGAACUCCGCAUGGACCAUCGCAAGUGUCACCAAGAGUCGCUACCUCCUCUACAACACCUACUUCAUCGACAUCGAGUUCCGGCUUCAGCGACGCGCCAACUUUACCACAUUUACCCUUAUCAUGCCCCUUCUCAUGUUGGCCUUCCUCAACAUCUGCAUUUUCCUGGUGCCGAUAGGGUCUGGAGAGAAAGGGUCUUUCUCAAUCACGAUUUUCCUGUCGUACGGUAUCUUCGUGACCAUCAUCAGCGACACGUUGCCUCACAACUCGCUCCAGGUCUCGUUCUUUGUCCUGUUUAUCGUCAUCCUUCUCAUCCUCAGUGUCAUUUCCGUCUUCUACACCAUCAUCCAGGCGAAGCUUGUAUCCUCUAUCGGAGAUAAGGAAUGUCCAUGGACCUGCCUCAAAUCAAAGAAGAAGAAGGUGAACACAAAUGAUGACGACGUGGAGAAUUUCGAAUCUGACAAGGAGAAGGAGUUUCUCGGCGAACAGAAUGAGAAAAGCGAAAAGUCCGGCUUCUACGAUGACAACGCGGACGACGAGCUAUACACGUGGAGCAUGUUCCUAGAGAAGCUUGAUACCUACAUCUUCGCUUUGUUCUUUGUUCUGAUCGUGGUAACCACCGCCGUGUUUUUCUCCAUGCUUCUCUCACACGCUACUGGAGCGACGGACUCUCAGUCCAGUCCUCCUCCGACCACGGCCACACCCUAG